UCAACAGCAACAGCCACAACAGUACAGUUUAAUCCCAGCCAAAGAGAGAAUGAAUGCUGACAGAACCGGAGACCCACCUCUCUAUAUCAUACCAAUAGAGAACAAGGGUGACAAUGUCAAGGUCUACCAUGUGCACACACCGUUCACAGCACAAAGUUCCACCAUCGGUGACAUGCAAAUGCGAACGGAAUCAGCCAGACCUGUUCAGGCCCCGUCAGCUGAUGCCAAUAACAAAUACGUCAGCUACGAUUCAUACGAGCUGGGUCGCUCUCCAGGAACGGCCACCUGCUUUUCCUGCCAACAGCAAGUCGUAACCAAUGUCACCUAUAAAGUGGGAGUUUACGCCUGGCUGAUGUGCUUACUUCUCAUCCUGUGUGGGUUUGUUUUAUUCUGCUGUCUGAUUCCAUUCUUUGCCAAGUUUUUCAAAGACGUCUAUCACACAUGCCCGAAAUGCAAUAAGAUCCUUCAUAUUGAAAAGAAGCGAUGCUGUUCGUGAUUCCAACACUACUUCUCUUUCUCAUGGAUACGUGUGAUUAAGGGGGUCACAUUGUUUACCAACUGACCUCAUGGAGCAGCAAACAAUAUGAAGGACACUUCAGACCAACAGGGAUGUCAUCUAGUAAAAACUUUUGCAACAUUUGUAAUUGAGAACCAUUUGCUGUUCACAUGAUUUAGUUUCUUUCUUGUAACCCAUUUUACAUUCAAUGAAUAUAAAUACUCAGGGUUUUGAUUAUUUCUAGAUUUGUCUAUUUAUCUAUAAAGGCCUCAGGGUUAGGGGUUGAGAGUGGUUGACGUGUCUGUCCACCUCUGUGACAAUAACCAAAACAAGUAACUUUCUUUGUAUAAGGCAGUGUCUUUGAUAAUUACCACAUCUACUGGAUUAAAGGUUUAUGUCCCGAGAUGACCCAUGACACAUAUAGGCCUAUAUCAGGUCUGGCCAUUGAUAGUUUUGCAUUAUGUAACGGCAACAUGAGUCAUUUUAACACGAGUAGUUUAUGAUUUAUUUAAUUUUUUUUUUAUUGAAAUAGACAUACAGUCCAUUCAAAUGGACAUAUCAAAAUGUCCAGUCAUGUCAAAUCACAGCCAGUGUUUAUUUAUUUUAUUUUUUUUACCACCACUGAAAUAUUUAUAGUAUAGCAUAUUGUUCAUAUUUUGUCAGCUGAAUGUUCAACAAAGUAUUUAACAGUACAGUAAAACCCAUUAAACGGACUGUAUUUCUAUCACAGCCUCGAUUUCAAUCGCAAAAAAAUAAAUAUGGCGUCUGCCUUGAAGGGGCGGAGCUAGGGGCUGGCCGUGGCUCCACUCGCAACUGCCGUUUUGGUCAUUUUUUGUCUUGGGCACAAUUUAGUUAGCCUUUCUACACCAACAACCACCAUCCCAACACCAAGCCCCCUGUCCGACAAUACAAUGAGAUCUAGGAGCUUUAUAAAGCUUUAUAAUGUGCAUGUCAUUAAAGUUGAGAGAGCCACGCUUUCCUUCAUGUUAAAAGUGAAUAAGGUCUAUAUUCGCUAUAUCAUAUGACAUGUCUGCCCCCAUGUAAAAUAAAACUGGCUAUAUUGGGAUACAGA